AUGGUUUCUCCUCCACCAAAGUCCCCGGCCAGCUCCUACAACUCAGUUCUUGAUUUGAAAGAACUUCGCUCCCAAGGAUGGAUCAUCCAGAAAUUUGGUGGCACGUCUGUUGGCAAAUUCCCCGAAAACAUUGUUGACAGCAUUGUGAAGGAAUUUAGCAAACACAGUCGUGUUGCCGUUGUUUGUUCGGCCAGAUCCUCAAAUACGAAAAGCGAAGGAACUACCUCUAGAUUACUCCGGGCGGCAGAUCUUGCCACUGAAAAUGCUGAUUUUGCUACUUUACUCCAAGUCAUUGAGGAUGAUCACACUCAAAAUGCCAGAGAUAAAAUCAAGGACGAAACGCUCCAGAAAGACUUAAUCGCGCAAUCACAUCUUGAAAUCAAAAGAGCACAUGAAUUGUUGCACGCAUCGAAAGUCAUUGGCGAAAUCAGCCCAAGAACCUUGGACAGUAUUAUGUCUAUCGGCGAGAAGUUAUCGUGUUUGUUCAUGUCAUCAUUGAUGAACGAUCGUGGCUUGAAAUCUGUCUAUAUCGACUUGAGUGAUGUCAUUCCUCUAGAUUAUGACUUCUCGAAAGGCUUUGAUGCUAACUUCUAUCUGUUCUUGAGUUCAAGGCUAGGCGAGAAAGCUGCUGCAAUUGAGCCUGGCGUGACACCCGUCUUCACUGGAUACUUUGGAACUGUUGCUGGCGGCUUGCUUAAUGGAGUUGGCCGUGGGUAUACCGAUUUAUGUGCUGCUUUGAUAGCCGUUGGUGUUCAAGCCGAGGAGUUGCAAAUUUGGAAAGAAGUUGACGGGAUUUUCACUGCGGACCCAAGGAAGGUGCCUACUGCAAGACUCUUAGACAGUGUUACACCUGACGAAGCGGCUGAGUUAACGUAUUAUGGUUCUGAGGUGAUACACCCCUUCACAAUGGAGCAAGUCAUUAAGGCCAAAAUUCCAAUUCGUAUCAAGAAUGUCGAAAAUCCAACCGGGAAGGGCACAAUUAUUUAUCCAGACAACAUUGGCAGAAGGGGCGAGGCAACGCCACCUCAUCCCCCUGCUGCCUACGAAACUCUUUCAUCCAGUUACAUCCAGACACACAAAAGAAGAUCUGCCACUGCCAUCACAGCCAAGCAAGAUAUUGUGGUCAUUAACGUCCACUCAAACAGAAAGACAUUAUCGCAUGGAUUCUUAGCCAGUCUUUUUUCCACCAUGGACAGAUUUAAGUUGGUGGUUGACUUGAUCUGUACUUCCGAAGUCCAUGUUUCCAUGGCAUUACAAGUUCAACAGGAACAAGAGGUCAAUCUCAAAUACGCAUUGAAAGAGCUUAGACUCAUGGGUACUUUGGAUGUAACUAGAGAUAUGGCCAUUGUCUCCUUGGUUGGCAAGCAAAUGGCUAAUCUCAUUGGCAUAGCUGGAAACAUGUUCAAGAUUCUAGCUGAUAAAAACAUUAACAUCGAAAUGAUCAGUCAAGGUGCAAAUGAAAUUAACAUUUCCGCUGUAAUCAAUUCAAAAGACACUAUUCUUGCUUUGAAGUCUAUCCACGCCAUUCUACUUGAGGGCAACUAUGGUUACACGACUGAAAAGUCGGCCACCGACAUCAGAUUGGAAGCUUUGAAACUAAAUUAG